GUAACGUUGAGGUUCCCUUUUAAAAUGUUACCUUUGAGGUCGUAUAAUUCUGGUGUUUUAUUAGGUAACUGGUGGGAGGAGAGAAUAUUAGAAAAAGAAGAAAAGUCUGCGCGCUUCAGUAAAAAUGAGGAUAAGGUGUCAUCUACACACUUUCUCAGUUUACUCACAGAAAGUAAUCCUACUAUGAUUCAAUGCUCAGCGAUGCCGUCAGAUGGAUAUUUGCGUUUUGGGUCUAAUGUUCAGAUAUUAAAUCCGGGAUCAUCUCCAUAUUACGUAAAAUGUGGACUUGCGCCCACACGCCCACCUUAUGCUCUUGGACUUUCGAUAGAUAUCUCAUGCAACUUAACUUUGGAACUUUCUAAUUCCGAUGACAAUAUUUUUCAGUCGUUGGGAAGAAACGGUCUACUGAGUGUUACCGCAUCAAAGAAUGUGCAGCCUUCUGCAAAAAAUGUUUUCCGGAUAUUCUGUUUACACGAGAGUCAAUAUGGUCGAGUAAUUCGUUAUGGUGAACCAUUUGUGUUUGGAUUACAGCCGGAUAUCAUCUCAUCAAAAUGUAAUGCUGCACUAAAGAAAAAGUUAAAUACAGAUCAAUGCUUAUAUUUGGCUAGUGAUUUACAACACCUAGGUGAUCAAAAUUUACAGCCAGGUGCGCAAAAUCUAUACUUCGAAGUUGGGAGACCAUCAUUUCUGUCUCAGUGGCGUUUAGAGUAUGAAGAUCCACAUUUACGUAAGGAGUUUGAAGGUAGGCCAGUAAAGUCUGACCAAAAUUUAAUCAUCAAACAUGUUCGAAGUAAUAAAGCUUUAGCCUUAGAACCAGGUUUUACAGCUCGAACACUAUUCGGACAAGAAACCUGCUUAAGCGUACGAACGUACUAUGAUUCCCAUAAACUGGAGCGUGAUGUCAAUGUUUGGAUGUUAGCAACAGCUAAACAACAAGGUUUAUCAUGUAUUUCAGAUGAACAAGCACCACACAAAGUUCUUGAAAAUACUUCUUUAGAAAGUGAUUAUGCAGCAGGAUCAAAUCUUAGCGAUGAAAAACGAGUUCAUUUUGAGCAGAAUACUGAUGCAUCUGAUGCUUGAAUAAUAAUAAUAUAAACUUUUAUUAUCUUAUAUGUGUUUAGUUAACUACUUAGAAGUUUAAAAGUAGUUAAACUGUGACAAACAAUUAUUCAUCAAUAUGUGUAGGCGAAAUUUUACAGUAGAAUACCUAUCAAUUCAUCAUCCCGUAUUAUCUGAAGUAUAAAAUACAAUUCUAAUUCAUGCACAUCAAAUCAACUGCUUUUGAAAUGUUUACUAAUAAAUAUUUCACAACAACC